UAGGCACCUAAUUACCGUCUGGUAGGAUUUAGGUCAAAUUCAGGUCCUGCUCUAAAUCCAUGAUUACACUUUCCCUCGGCUCCCGCUGUGCUCAUAGCCUCCGACAUGGGAAGUUUGAGCCGAGGCCGCGCCCUCUUCACCGGGGGCAGUCACCACCAAAACAUUGUUUGCGGGCGGGCUCACCAGAUCGGCGCCAUAACCCUAAUCGCCGCCACGUUUCUUCUUACCAGAGCCCUUGACCGUCUCUACUACUUCCCCAUUCCCUCUUCCUCCCCUUUGUCCGUUGUUUCCGGCGAACCUUCGGUCGGCACUCUCUUUCUUAGCUCCGGUUCCCUAGCUUGGCCUCACCGCGGCUACGGUACUUCUCUCUCCCUUAGGAUCUAUGUCUACGAGGAGAGCGAGGUGGAUGGGCUCCGUGAGCUGAUGCGCGGGAGAGACGGCAAGAUCUCAGUGGAAUCCUGCCUCAAGGGCCAGUGGGGUACGCAGGUGAAAAUACAUCAUUUGCUUCUCAAAUCAAAAUUUCGGACUCUGAAGAAAGAGGAAGCUGACCUUUUCUUUGUACCUUCUUAUGUUAAAUGUGUGCGCAUGAAUGGGGGAUUAAAUGAUAAAGAAAUCAACCAGACAUAUGUAAAGGUUUUACGCCAAAUGCCUUAUUUCCACCUUUCAGGCGGACGGGACCAUGUUUUUGUCUUCCCUAGCAGUGGUGCUGGUGCUCAUCUGUUUCGCGCUUGGGCCAUAUUUCUAAAUAGGUCGAUCAUUCUUACCCCAGAGGGGGACCGCACUGAUAAACGACCAAUAAGUUCUUUUCAUACGUGGAAAGAUAUAAUCAUCCCUGGUAAUGUUGAUGAUGGACUGACUACGUUUUAUGGAUCUAGGAUCGUCCAACCACUCCCCUUGUCAAAGAGGAAGUACCUGGCAAACUUUUUAGGUCGUGCCCAGGGAAAGUUUGGGCGUCUUCAAUUAUUAGAGCUUGGCAAACAAUACCCAGAUAAGUUAGAAUCUCCAGAAUUGCAACUCACUGGUCCUAAUAAGUUGGGAAGGGUCGAGUAUUUCACUCAUUUGAGGAAUGCUAAGUUCUGUCUUUCUCCACGAGGCGAGUCAUCAUGGACACUACGCUUUUAUGAAUCAUUCUUCGUGGAAUGUGUUCCUGUUAUCCUAUCAGAUCAGGUAGAACUUCCAUUCCAGAAUGUGAUUGAUUAUACUCUGAUCUCCAUCAAAUGGCCAUCAACACAAAUUGGACCCCAGCUGCUGGAAUACCUGGAAUCCAUACCCGAUGGGGCGAUUGAAAGCAUGAUAGCUCGGGGCAGAGAAGUGAGGUGCCUGUGGGUUUAUGUUUCAGAAUCAGAGGCCUGCUCUGCAAUUCUGGGAAUCUUAUGGGAGUUGCAGAGAAAGGUGAGGAGAUUCCAUCAGUCUGCAGAAACAUUUUGGCUGCAUAAUCAGUCAUUUGUUAACGGGGAUUUGGUUGAGUUUCAGCGCUGGAGAACCCCCCUCCCUUUGCCCUGAUUUGGCCUCUUUUAUUUUGGAGAAACAGAAUUUAUUUACCUUUGUAUUUAUGUAACUCCUAAAUUUUGAUCUUUGUUUAUCUAUCAUUUUGGUGUUAUAGUUUAAUUCAAAUAUAGCAUGAAAAUUUGUGUUUCACAUUUUAAAAGUUAAAAUAAUGGUGUUAUGAAGCUUUCGA